CGUAGGAUCCUCCAGGAGGUCGAAACAUUAAACGGGAAUGCAGAUUUUCUCUUCAAAUUUUCAAGUACCUUGUUUUUUUUUGUAAGGUCAACUUUUUUGGAUUAUUAAUCUUGUCCCUAUCCAAAGCUGGAUCAAAGUUCAGCCUUUUUUCAUAGAGUUUUUGCAAAACCCAACUUGUUUUUCUAGCCGCCACUUGCUAUUUGUAUUCAUAGCCAUGGUUACCGGGAACAUCUUUGUUUUCUUGAUUAUUGUAAUGGGGUGUUUCAGGUUGCUCAGGUUUGCUGAAUCAAAGCUGCCCCAGGAAGAAGUUGAUGCUCUGCAACAAAUUGUUAGUACCAUGGGUUCAACAUACUGGAAGUUUAAUGGUGAUACUUGUGAGGUUGAAAUGAUCGGGUUGACAGAUGUGUGGCCAAGGAAUUCUGCGCAAGAAAUUGGUUGCGAUUAUGAGGACAACAGCACUAUCAGUCACGUCGUAAAGAUAGUGCUCAAGGGUUACAAUCUUCCUGGACAGCUUCCUCCGCAACUGGUUAAGCUUCCUCACCUUCGAGAGAUUGAUUUUGCCUAUAACUAUCUCAGUGGUACCAUUCCAAGCGAAUGGGCUUCAAUGCAAUUGACUUCAAUGUCUGUCCUUGUAAAUCGCUUAUCGGGAGAAAUUCCGAAGCACCUGGGAAGUAUUACAACUCUCACAUACCUGAGCCUUGAAUCAAAUGAAUUUUCUGGUAUUGUACCCCCAGAACUUGGGAAUUUAGUCAACUUGCAAACUUUGAUAUUUUCCUCCAAUCAAUUGACAGGAAACUUCCCAGCUGCUUUUGCCAAACUAAGAAAUCUAACUGAUUUUCGAGUUAAUGACAACAACUUCAAUGGAACCAUACCCAGUUUCAUUCAUAAUUGGAAACAACUAACAAGACUGGAAAUGCAUGCCAGUGGGUUCAAAGGGCCAAUUCCAACAAACAUUUCUCUUUUGAGUAAUUUAAUUGUGUUGAGGAUAAGCGACAUAACGGGGCCAGAUCAAAAUUUUCCUUUGCUGACGAGCAUGAAAGGCCUAGAAAUAUUGGUUUUGAGGAGCUGUAACAUUUUUGGUGAGAUCCCUGAAUAUAUUUGGGCAAUGGAGGAUCUUCAGAUGUUAGACGUUAGUUUUAACAAGUUGGUUGGGGAAAUCCCAGGCACCAUAAGUGUAAAGCAUCUGAGAUUUCUCUUUCUAACUGGCAACAUGCUAAGUGGAGAUGUACCAGAUUCAGUCUUGAAGGACGGAAGCAGCAUUGAUCUUUCAUACAAUAACUUCACAUGGCAAAGCCCAGAGAAACCUGCUUGUUGGAAGAACAGGAAUUUCAACUUAAACUUAUUUCGUAGCUCUUCAUCAAGGAAUAGUUUGAGGGGAGCUCUUCCAUGCCAAAAUGAUUUCAUCUGUCCUCGAUAUUCAACUUGCUUACAUGUUAAUUGUGGAGGAGCGGAUACAAGAAGCAAAGAAAGUAGUAAAAAUGUUUUGUAUGAAGGAGAUGGACAAGUUGAAGGGGGUGCAGCAAAAUAUUACUUAAAACUCAAUAGUUACUGGGGAUUUAGUAGCACUGGAGACUUCAUGGAUGAUAAUGAUUUCCAAAAUAUACGCUACUCUAUACAAAUGCCAUCAUCUAACAUGUCAGAAUUGUACGCAACAGCCCGCAUUUCUCCAAUUUCACUCACUUACUUCCAUUAUUGCUUAGCUAAUGGAAAUUAUACUUUAUCUCUAAACUUUGCGGAGAUAGAGUUUACCAAUGACAAAACAUACAAUAGCCUUGGCAGGCGCAUGUUUGAUAUUUAUGUUCAGGAAAAAUUAGUUUGGGAGGACUUUAAUAUUGAAUAUGAGGCAGGGGGUGCUCAGAAGCCUCUGGGAAAACAAGUUAAUGUCAGUGUUACAGAUAAUUUCUUAGAGAUCAGAUUCUAUUGGGCUGGGAAAGGAACAACAAGGAUUCCUGAAAGAAGUGUUUAUGGGCCUCUUAUAUCAGCUAUUUCUGUAGUUUCUGAUUCCAGUCCCUGUUCCGAGAGUAGAAAGAAGGAGACUGCAUAUAUAAUUGCUGGAGUUGGGGGAUUCUGUUUUAUUUUCGUCAUAGUUGGAAUCUUGUGGUGGAAAGGCUAUAUACUAGGAAAAUGUUGGAGAAGAAAAGAUAACAAAGGAGACAUGCCCACAGGAACCUUUACCUUGAAGCAAAUUAAAGCUGCUACUAAUGACUUUGAUUCUGCUAACAAGAUUGGAGAAGGUGGUUUUGGUCCUGUCCAUAAGGGCCAAAUGCCUGACGGUACCCAGAUUGCAGUGAAGCAGCUCUCAUCCAAAUCACGACAAGGAAAUCGUGAAUUUAUAAAUGAGAUAGGAUUGAUAUCUUGUUUGCAGCACCCAAAUCGUGUCAAGCUUCAUGAAUUUUGUGUUGAAGGGGAUCAACUGCUACUGGUAUAUGAGUACAUGGAAAAUAAUAGCCUUGCACGUGCUUUAUUUGGUCCAGAACACAAUCAGCUUGAACUGCACUGGCCUACAAGGCUUAAGAUCUGCAUUGGGAUAGCUAGAGGCCUAGCAUUCCUCCAUGAAGAAUCAAGACUCAAGAUUGUUCAUAGAGACAUCAAAGCCACUAAUGUGCUUCUGGAUGCUGAUUUGAACCCAAAAAUCUCUGACUUUGGAUUGGCUAGACUUGAUGAAGAGGAGAAGACCCAUAUCACCACCCGAGUUGCUGGUACCAUAGGAUACAUGGCACCGGAAUAUGCGUUAUGGGGCCACCUGACCCACAAAGCAGAUGUUUACAGUUUUGGAGUUGUGGCCUUGGAAAUUGUUACUGGGAAGAACAAUGACUAUAUGCCAAGCCAGAAGUUCGUAUGUCUUUUAGAUUGGGCCUGUCAUUGGCAACAAACUGGCAACUUGAUGAAGCUUGUUGAUGAGAGAUUAAAGUCUGAUUUCAAGAAAGAAGAAGCAGAAACCAUGGUUAAAGUAGCUCUUUUGUGCACAAAUGCUUCUGCAUCACUAAGGCCAUCCAUGUCUGAGGUGGUGAGCAUGCUUGAAGGGCGAAUUGCUGUUCCUGACUUGAUGCCAGAACCUGGCAGCUUUACUGAAGACUUGAGGUUUAAGGCCAUGAGAGAUCUUCGUCAACAGAAGCAGAAGGAAAAUCACAGUUCGAGUGGAAGCCACACUCAAAAUUCAACAGCUGCCCCCACAUUAUGCUCUUCUUCUACAUCUAGUCAUCACUCCAUUGAAAUCAUCAAAGGAUGAAUCUUGUUAACAAACAAUAGUGAAAGAUACGGGAAUAUUCAGCCAUACACAAAACCAAAUCUAGUAAUUUCUGCGAAAGUAUUUCACCAGAAACGCUUCAACUUGUGGGUAAGACCUUGGCAUCUUUUAUAUGAUGUAAAUAGUUUGUAUAUGGUCUCUCAAAACUUUCACGCUUUGGGCUAGAGGAGAGAUUGGGGAAAAUUUUUGAAUAAAAAUCAAUUUAAUUA